AUGGCGGACCAGGCGAAAAACGCGUCUUCGGGCGUACAAGAGCAGACCAAAAGCGUCACAAAAGGCACUCCUGCCGCCGGCGUGCAAGACAAGAUCCAAAGCGGAACAAAUGGGCUUCUCAGCUCCAUCGGCUCGCUGGCAUCAACAGUAGGGGCAAAAGGACAAGCACUCGUGGACUCCAUCUUUCCUCCCGAGAAACGAGCCGCUUUCUUCGCAAAGCUGCAAUCGUUUAUGCUGUCGAAUCCUAAGCUCUCUGCAUUCCUAGGAAUGAACCUACUCCUAACAGGCGUACCACUCGGCCUCUUCAUCCUCUUCAGCAUCUCCGUCUUUAUCUUCGCCCUCGUCGUAGCUCUCAUAGUAGCAUUGCUCGGCGCCGUGCUCUUUACAGUUUUCUGUGUUGGAGUGRCACUACUGAUUGUCCUGCCCACGAUAAUGUUCACAACAUUCGCCGCGACAUUCCUCUUUCUAUGGGGUUUGGGAGGAUAUCAUCUCCUCCGCUGGGCGAAUGGUGAUAGCAACAGUGAAAGUGGCGGCCAAGCACCCGAAGGCUCUGCGAUUGGCGACAAACUCAAUUCACUUACUGGAGGUAGACUGAGCGGGUUUAUGGAAGAUGCCAGAGGACAGAAUGCUAAAAAGGGGAUUGAGGGAUAUGGAGAUCGAUUCAACAAACCUAACGAGGGARCAAAGAAACCGGAGGGGAAUGGGGAGAAGAAGUCUACGGCGACAACGACUGGAUCCAAUGCGAAAGCGAAUCAACAAGUGGGUGCUAGUACUGCUCGAGCGAAUGACGCUGCGAAGGGUGCUGAGAGGACUGCUGCUAAUGUUGGUGGGACAGUGAGCGAUGCUUCAAAACCUGUAAGCUAUGCGAAGGGAGGGUUGAGUGGAGCUUCUGGGUCGAAGCUGGGGUGA